GGGAUAGCGGCGAGGCGGGGCGGGGAGGAGGGGGCGCGCCGCUCUGGCCCCGGCACUGCGCGCUCUCGCCGCCCUGUGUAUGCCACGGCCCGCCUCCUCCAGGGAGGCUGCCCAAAUUCAACGCCCUUCCUCCCUCUGGGACCAGCAGCCUCUGCGCGCCAAGUCCGUUCUCUAAAGCCAGCGGAUCUCCAGGUCCUCGCGGUGCUUGCCCCUGGCACUCGGUGUAGUGCCAGGCACUCGCUGUAGUGCCAGGCACUCGCUGUAGUAGUCCGUCCUUCAGCAUCGAAGGUCUUUUCAUCAACUAUAAUCACAGCAGCAAGCUUCUCUUUACUGAGGUUGCUAUGUGCAGGACACUGAGCGGCUUCAUACUCUGUGUGGCAGUAUUAUCCUCAUCUAACAAAUAAGGAAACUGAGGCCGAGAGUAAUUAUGUGACUUGUUCAAGUUCUACCCGAGUGCUGAGCUCUUUUCAAGAUGGCAGCUGCCUCCCAAGCCUCCUUUUCCUCUGCUUCCUGACAUCCUCCUUGAACUCCAGCCACAGUGACCUAUUCUCUCCCAAAGAAACACCAGGAUUACUCCUUGAAGAGUCCUUAUUCAGGCCCUUUUUGACCCCUGGAAUCCUCUCUCCUUCCAUUCUCUCAACCCAAAUGCCACAAUCUUCCUUACCGUCUGAACCAGGUGUGAGCUCCUAGGGUCAGGGACAGUGACAUUAACAUCUCUGUGUCCCACCUGCUCACAGAACAGGGCCAGUCCUGGAGUGGGCUCUCUGGGACAGUACUCAUCAUCAGGUCCUUCUUGUCUGGGUUUUGUCUGAUUGAAGCCCCUCCUGGGACAGAGGCAGAGCCUUCAACUCUGCUCAAUCCAACCUAUGCUCAUGGAGAUCAGCCCUGAGCCCUGCCCUGUGCGAGGAACAGUGUAAUGGAAGAUGAAUAAGUCCUUCAAGUAUGCUAGCCCAUACCUGGCUCACACUCCUAACACUUGCUGUUUUCCCUGUGGAUCUGCAUGUGGCUGCCUCCUCAUCAUCUAAGGGCUCAGUUCACAUUGUGGGUCUCAUUGUACUUUGGAAUCCUGGGGCUGUGUUGUGUGAUAACUGGAGGGUGCAUUAUCUUUCUGCACUGGAGGAAGAACUUGAGGCGGGAAGAGCGUGCCCAGCAGUGGGUGGAGGUGAUGAGAGCUGCCACAUUCACCUACAGCCCAUUGUUGUACUGGAUUAACAAGCGACGGCGCUACGGCAUGAAUGCAGCCAUCAACACGGGCCCUGCCCCUGCUGUCACCAAGACUGAGACUGAGGUCCAGAAUCCAGAUGUUCUGUGGCAGUUGGACAUCACCGAAGGCAGCAGCCAUGCUGACCAAGACAGCAACCCCAAGGCGGAAGCCCCUGCUCCCCUGCAACCUGCACUGCAGCUGGCUCCACGGCAGCCCCAGGCCAGCUCCCCAUUCCCACUUCCCAUCUUUCAGGAGGUGCCCUUUGCCCCACCCUUGUGCAACCUACCCCCCCUGCUGAACCACUCUGUCUCCUAUCCUUCGGCCACCUGUCCUGAAAGGAAUGUUCUCUUCCAUUCCCUCCCGAAUCUGGCCCAGGAAGACCAUAGCUUCAAUGCCAAGCCUUUUGCUUCAGAAUUGUAGCCUCCUCUCACUGAAGGUGGGAGCUGCAGGAAUCAGGUGCAGAGUAGGAAAUGGAACUAACCUCAGGAAGGUGGUAUUGACAGAGGUCAGGACCCACCUGGAUGUCAUGCUAUGAAAUAUU